AUGCCUCGAGCUGAUUCGCCUCCCCACAUUGAUCACUUUUCGAACAAAGUGAUCCGCCCCUUUUUGACUGGAUCCUUUGCUCACUCCAUGCUCAUCGAUAUUACGAUUGUUGAAGAUCAACAAAAAAUUUUUUUGAAAGAAUUGGAUCACUUCUGUAGUGGUAAACUACAUCUUUGGGGUGUUUCUGACAAAAUCCGAAAGGACUACUCUCGUCUUUUUGCCGAGAUCGCUGUCAGCCCUGAAUUAUAUCAAAAGUUUAAGGUUGAACCUACUUUUAGUCUUCCUUCCUUCCCUGCUCCCUUCGCCGCAUAUCCCUCUCUUUCGCCCUCUACCAAGAUAGUUAAAGUCUCCUUCUCUGGGCUCCCCUUCCAAUAUGGCCGUGAAAGUGGGGGUUCAGAUGAAUUGUUCGCUGAUAUGCCUUUCAAUCUUGCACCCUUUGGGGAGGUCAUUGAUUGUGGUUUCGUAAUCGGUAGUAGUGGGCUUUUUGGUGGUGGUGGCUACGCCGUGCUCGCCCUAUCUUCUGAUAGCGAAAACCCAAAUGUUGCUUUGACACACCGUCUUAAUUGGUCAUACGUUCCGGUCUCCUACCCUUCG